ACAACCUGUGUGGUGUCUUCCCCGGCAGGGAGCUCGCAGUAUCCAAAGCUGAAACAUGGAGGCUGAACACCUGUGAUAUCAAAGAGCGGGAGUCAGACCUGAACCAUGAAACUCGCCGCUGUGGCCUUUUACGGUUUCGCUCUGGGGCUUUUGGCGGUUGGCCUGCGAGAGCUGCUGACUGGCUUCGAGGAGAACAGAUGCAGUAUGACCUAUAUGUUUGAAUACCCAGAGUACCGGCGUGUGGCUCUGCCUCGUCGUGUUGCCAGACUGUACCCAGCGUACGGGCUCUACCUGUACGGAGAGGGUCUGUACGCCCAGGAGACCCGAGCGCUGAAACUCACCGGUGCCCCUGUGCUAUUCCUGCCUGGAAAUGCUGGAAGUUAUAAACAAGCUCGCUCCCUGGGCUCGGUGGCCCUGAGGAAGGCUGAAAACAUGGAGGGAGGUCUCCACUUCAACGUGUUCACCGUGGACUUCAACGAGGAGCUGGUGGCGCUUUACGGUGGCAGUUUGCUCCGGCAGACUCACUUCCUGCAUGAAAGCAUUAAGGCCAUCCUGAGGCUGUACAAGCAUCUGAAGACCCCUCCCCAGAGUGUGGUGCUGGUGGGUCACUCCAUGGGAGGAGUGGUUGCUCGGGCGCUGUUCACGUUGCCUCGCUUCAACACCAACCUGGUCAGCCUCAUCAUUACCCAGGCCUCUCCUCACCUGGCUCCAGUACUGGCCCUGGACCCAUACCUGCUGGAUUUCUACUCUGCAGUGAGACAGAAGUGGGUGAACCGGGCAAACAAGCUCAGAAACAUCACAGUCCUGUCUGUUGGGGGUGGUUACCGUGACUACCAGGUCCGCUCUGGCCUAACAUCCCUGCCUUGUCCUCCGGGAGACCCCAAUAAGUUGUCACUGGUGGCGACUGCAGUUCCCAGGACGUGGGUCUCCACUGACCACCUCUCCAUCGUUUGGUGCAAAGAGCUUGUUCUUGCGACCGUCAGGGCGUUCUUUGACCUCAUCGAUCCUGAAACCAGACAGUUCACAGAAAACCCGGAGAAGAAAAUGGUUGUGCUAAACCAUCACUUCAUCAGACAUCCUGUAAGGAUGUUGGGAGAAACUCAAGACACUUCCAUCUCCAUCUUAGAUUUCCCUGAAGCGUGGAGUGAAGUGAACACACUGCGUCUGGUUUACAGCACACCGAAGGAAGGACAAGUCAAAUAUUUCCUGUUUGCUCUGUCGAGUCGGAGGAAAGCCUACAGCCAUUUCUACUGCCGCAGCAACAACCUGGAGAUGACCAGCUGGGUGUACGGCUGCAUGCACAAAAACGGUUCUUCAUGUGUGCGUGCUGUAGAUCUGUCUAUGGGAACUGAGCUUCUGCCUCCAUACAAGGUCCUGAUUCUGAGUCUCAGCGACUUGUCUUCAUUUACUCAUCUGGUUGUUUCGGCUUCCAACCUGAACGGUCGACAGUUUACAGUGGAGUGCGAGUGGCAGAGACAAGAAUCUCAGACUCUGUCUGUCCCAGCUCCACAUGUCCUGUCCUUCGGUUUGACUGUCAGUGAUGUUACGGUCAACUCCUCUGGACUUCUUCACACCAUCGAGCUGCAGCACUUUCACCAGGUGUAUCAGGCUUUCAGAAUUAAUGUUGCAAGCCAGUGCAAAGUCCAUAAAGAUAGAUUGUCCAAUGUGUACAGGAUCAUGGUACCCUGGUUUCGAGAGGACUCUUUAACCACAGUCAGUGUGCCCUCAGUUACUGAGAUCUCAGGGAUGCUCCACACAAGUCGUCCAGACAACACUUCAGGUGUCCUCCUUCAGCUCCACACUGCCCCCAACUGCCAGUAUAAGGUGUCAAUAAGGACUUCAUUACCCAGGGUGCUGGGACAGAUACUGAGGUUCUGUGGUCCUAUGGUGCCAGUGUACACAGCUGUAACUCUCCUCCUGGCCUGUGGGGGGCAGCUGUCCUCCAUCCUGAAGUCUAGGCAAGCUGCAGCCAUGAGCCAGGUGGUCGGCAGAGGCCUGCAGCCUCAUAAAGUCAACCUGCCCCUUUAUGUUCUGCACAUCUUACUUAGCUGCAGCUGGUUUCAAGAGGUCUGGUCCAUUCUGUGCCUCCCCCCUAUGGAUGCCCUCCCCCCAACAUUCCCUGAUGCAACGUUUCAUGAAGGCGUGCUACCAGUUGAAGAAUGGCCCCACCUCCUUUCCCCUCUGCUUUACAUUUUGGGGGCAGCUGUGGCGUACUGGGGGAGCACGCUGCUCUGUCUCAUUAUGCGACUGAUCUCAUUAAUAUUAGCUCCACUACACAGACCGUCUGUCUCCAGAGAUUGUGGCACCCUGCGACUGCGGACCCAGCUCCUCAUCACCCUCUGUCUGACUGUUCUCGGCGGGACUUCCUGUGGAGCAUUGUCAAUCUUUGCUGCUUUUCUGCUCCACCUCUACAGAGUACUGAGGUUACAGAUGACAGAAAGGUCUUUGAGUCACAUGCUGAACCUGGCACCGCGGAAGCACAAAGAAACUGAGAAUGGCACAGUCGAUGCUGAGUGCUUGGACAGGUCUAAAGAAUGUAACGGCGCCCCCCUGCUGUCAGAGUGUGCUCUGCAGGAGGUGAGGGAUGACCUGCAGCUCCACCUCUGCCUAUCAGCACUCUUCACACUGCCUGUCAUGCUCAGCGCACCCUCACUCAUCCACUGGAUCCGCAACCUGAGAUACUCCACCCAGUUGGAUCCUGACCCUUGCUGGCCACACAUUGUGCCUCUAAUUAUUGUGUACAUGCUGCUUAUUGACUGCAACACUUUAAAACUCUGCAACAGCAAACUCCUGCCUCUGACUUCCUGCCUCCCUCUGCCCUUGGCCAUUACCAUGGUGACCUUCUCUCCACUCCACCUCUACAGAGUCACCUACUUCCUGCUGGCGACACUCAUCCCCCUGGCCUCGUGUUGUCUGCUCUGACGGUAUCUGGCUGGUUUCAGUCUUCAUCUCUACCAUAACAAGCCUUUCUCUAAGUUACAGCCUGACUCACUGCAGCUGGUUCAGACUGAUUUGUCCCAAAAAGACUUGAUGUAUCAAACUGCCAUGGAGCAGAGCCAUAGACAUACAUAGCUUGGGGAACUGCCUGCUCAAUGUUAGCACUAAAAGCUCCAUGGCGAUUACACUACGUUUUUAAAUGAGAGGAUGUAAAGGCCUUGGAGCAUUUGGUGCAAAUAUGGCUCUGUUGGAUUGACCUGAAACCAAGUUUGCCUUACUCUGUAUAUCUAUAGCUCUGCCUUCAAGGAGCAAGAACUCCACAACCAGUGAAGCUACUGAUACUAGAGAUUCUCAACAGGGUGUUACUGUUAGUUUUCUUUUUUUGUUCUUUCUAGUGUCCUACAGUGGCAUCUCCCACUGUGGUCUCUAUGCUGUGAACUCUCUCACUGCCUACCGCUUAGCAAUGACUUACAGUUGUGUGUAACUGUCGUAGCGCUGCCGCAAAACCAGUGGCUGUGCCAUAAAUUCAUUCCAUAAGAAAAAAUCCAAAGUAAUCAUGUUUACAUUCUCUGUUGACCUUUUUUUUUUUUUUUAUUAUUAUUAAUAUACCACAACAGUGGCGAUUAUGAAGGUUUGCACUGGAAAAGGUUUGAGUACAUGUGCAGGUUCAAGUGUGUCUCACAUUAUUCAGAAGAAGAUUAUGGUCUACUCCAAGUUCUCUACAAGACAGUGGUGGAGCUCAGUUUCAUGAGGGUAAUCAGACUGAAGUAUGCAGUAUCCAUUACCAGCCGCAACAGCGUGGUUGGUAUUGUUUUCACCUUGUGUGGGUAUGUGUGUGUGUGUCAUCAUGGCAAAUUGUGGUCCUGGAGACACCUACUGUAACAGGAACUACCACAGAGGUGGUUUUUAGGACUUUGGCAGGUGACUGUCUGUCUGUGGACAGAUUUUGAUACUGAUGUGUCACAACCUGCAAGAUACAGUCAUGAAACUUUACAGGUGUGUAGUUGACAUCAAAAUGAUGGCUGAGUUUGAAGAUGGGUGUGGUCCAACCCAUGAGUACUGAGUGCUCAUGCAAUAAUAGAGUUGUGGUUCUGUUCAGACCUGGCAUGAACAUCCGAUCACAAGUGGUCAGCUCUUCAGGUGUGAACGCACCCGAGACUGGCACACUUCUGGGAUGCGAUCACUCAGACCACAUUCAGAGGUGGUGUGGACCACAUGUGGCCACAUUGCUUUAGCAGUGUGAACAUGAAUGUGUCCUGAGCCACACUGAAGGACCAACUACUCUACUGACGUCCUCUGACAGUCUGAUUAGUCCCAACAGUUUCAUCAUCAACCCAAAAGAUUUUACUAUUUCAAUAUCACAGGUGGUCACUUGAGACACAUGUGGAGACAUUUUAAUUCCAGGUCUGAAGAGGGCUAAUGACUGCUGAGUACUCGUAUAAUAAUGUAGUAACCACUGAGAACACCACUGAUCACAGCAGCUGCGACAUUCUCACCCAGUACUCCUCGGUGAGAACGUUGCAGCUGCUUUGAUCCCAUCACAAGCUGGUUUCUAGUUAUGUAGUGCCACAUAAAUCUGUGUCUUAUCUGUUGUUUAUUAUAGUGACUCACACUUUCAUGUCCUCUCUGUAGGCAAUAGUGACUGUUAAAUGGCUUGGGGCUUAUCUAAAAGAAGCACCUAAUAGUCUCAUAGGCAGAAAUAAUAGUGACACAUUUUUUAAUUGGAGAGAAAUGAGCCAAGAAAUCAAAUGAUCUAAAAUCCUCACAUUGGUGUUGUGCAUGUGCAAAAGCUUUAUGCCUCCACUUUAACUAAUCAAAACCAGUCCAUCUCAGCCGCCCUGCAUGUUCAGCUGUUCACUUGAUAAAGUCAACAUAAUGGACAUGUUCACAGCACUAAUUUCCUCAGUACAAUUACACCAUCAUGUUAUAGUCAAUCUCAAUCUGCUGAGUUUCUCUUUCUCACAGAAAUACUCACACUCACUCCUUUUUCCUGAUUUGCUGUUCUUGUAAAACUACCUAAGAAUUCUUGCACAGAUAUUUCAAAUUAAAAGGUCCUUAGUGGGUCAUAAUCCUUCCUUUUUCUCAUUAGGUUUUUGUUUUUUUGAAAAUGCAAGAAGUGUUUAGUUUCACUGCCUGUAGCUUAACUUUGGUUAAAGCUACAGCAAAUUAGGCAAAGUCAAAACAAAUUUAUUAGUGAAUGAAAAUAAAAUAAUAUAUUUGAUUUUCAAAAAGAGACUUGGUAGCACUGAUAGAAUUAACGCUGUUGAUGUGCAUGUUAUGUUGAACUUAACUGCUAAAAACUGUCCUCAGUGGUGUUGUGACAGUGCAGCAAUAGUUUGUCACCAAAAAGUGUCCUGCUCCACCACUGCUUCAGUAUCAGUAAUUGAUAUUAGCUGAUCUGAUCACUCCUGUAAACCUGCGAUCUCCCUGCCAGCUGCUGAAUUGCAGGAUAAAAACGAGCAGCUCUGAACAGAGUCGAGCUAACAGAAACAUUUUGAAUGCACAGUCACAAGCUAACUAGAUGCUGCUCAUUGUUGUCCUGGCAGGUCGCUGCUCAAUCAGUCAACAUCCAGCAACAGUAGUCACCUGUCGCACAAAAACAAGCAGCUGGCAGAAGCUGUACUUUAUAGUCUAUAAUCUAAUUCACCUCGUAUGAGGCUGUGUAAUAUAUGAAUGCGUCCUCUGGAAGACCUCUUCUUUUUACUCAUACUGUCAACCAAUAUUCAUAUAUCAUGUGAUGUAGAUACAUUGUGCACAUGCAAUGUUGAUAACUUUAUUGCUCUGGGUCACAGUGGAUGUAAUUAGGCUGAUCAAAAGAAACAGACUUGAGUGUCAAAGUGAGAACAGAUUUCUUUAGUUUGAUCUGAAUUAAACAUAAAAUAUAAAAGAGGCUUUUGUAGCUGAAGCUUUUAUUUUGACAUUAAAGUAUUAAGUAUAUAUACUUCUGUCGAUCAGUUUCAAAAACUCCUAAUCGUGUCCAGGGAGAGUCAAUGUUUUAAAACGGUACGAAGUUCACAGGGAGGUGCACCAGUGUAACGUUUGAUGCAGAAACCUCCAUGUUACAAACCUGGUCCAGUCUGUCUCUUUGUGCCAAAUUGGCAGCAAUGCACACGUGUUGGCAGGUUAAAUCUGAUUACACUGAGAGUUAAUGAGCUGAUUGUGAGAUAAUUGUGCUGAGCAGACAAAUUAGCAUACAGAGAUGGAACAAAUCAUAAAUAUUCGUUGGGUUUUUAUGUUAUGGACACAGUCACAUGUUGAAACUACAGACAAAGGGUCAUAAUGACUUGUCAUUACUUGUGGUUGUUGGUAUUUUUAUACAGUGGGUGUGUGUUGUUGUUGUUGGUGAAGCUUUGGCUCAGCGAAGUUUAAAAGGCAGACGGCUUACUUUGUCUAAGCCUGUUCAGUGUUGCAGCUGAUUCACAUGUACAGUAUGAAUCAAGCUUCAGGCUUUUAAAGGGAGAAUUUAAACCUCAAGGCAUUAGUGGAAAUUGCUUUUGCCUUCUUCUGCUACAGUACUGGGGUUAAUAAGGGAAUUUUCUUCAUGGUUACAGUUUAUUAAGGUGUGGUUAGUUAUCUUAAUGGCCGAUGUACAGGUGAAUAUUAAUGACCAAGGAGUCCACCACCUUUUGUCUUUUCAAAUCAACUUAAUUACUCUAAAACUGAUCACAAAUCUGCUGGUCUGAAGUCAGGAGUACAGCAAGUCUUGAAGUUAGAAGAACAAAAAAAAAACAAACCUUGUGACCAUUUGAAUGUUAUUUUUAUUAUGUAUAAGAACACGUUGAUUUCUUGCAGUUCCAGAUUUUAACUUUUUAAACGCUAUUGAGAAGACGAGCCUGCAGUUGUUCUGUAUUUUUAUUACUGUCAACAAAACCCAUGAAAAGACCAAAAUGGACGAUGUGUAAAUCUUAACACUCUCUGGUUCCUUACCCUGUCUAUGGCUCUCACCCACACUCACAACUGUUAACAACUAGAAUGGCACCUAGUAGAGCACAGACCUUCGCCAAGACCAAACAAUCCUACACAUGUCGGUCACAUCUGGAUUAUCAUCUGGAUCUGCACAACACUCUACAAAGUCAUAAAUCUCAACACCAUUAAUGUGUCUGAUUUUGGACAUCAAGACCCAAGCAUUGUUUCCUGAGAACUAGAAAAUAUGACGAUCCCUCGCAAUAUUAAGGAAAGGGAUUUAAGAAAAUUCCUGGAGCUGCUGCUUUAACCAAAGUUGAGUUCUUCCCUGGCCCGUGCUCCAUCCCUUCACCAAUUUUACGUAGUCCCGCUGACAAACAAACAAACAGACACAGGUGAAAACAACAAAGAAAGUAAUUUCCCAAAACAGCUGAGAACUGUAGUUUUUAGCAAAAUUUACUCAAACAGUAAGCAGUGUAUUUACUGGGGACUAUUUUCAGCUGCGGAUUAAUCCACAUUUAGUGCUGUACUGAGUAUUUGCAGCAGCAGGAGAGUGUAUGUGGAAUUGAAUCAAAAAUAAACUAGAACGGUGCAACAGUGCGGCUAGUGGACAAUAGUGGAGCUCUAACACUUAUCAGGAAUAAUAUCAAGCUAAAGGAAACAUACACUAAACUUAAGGAUCAAUUCAUUGUUGGUUUUGGUCUUUUUGUGGGGUUUGUUGACAGAACAGGACUUAUCCUUUAAUUCAAGGUAUAAGAAGAGGACAUAAUAUUUGAUAUCAUGAACCUUUUGGAUUUAAAUGGAAUGAAUCAGAUGGGAAAUUCUGCCACCACACUUGUUUCAAACCAUCAUGUAGAUUGUUGCAAUGGAAACUGUUUCCUGUGUGGUGCAGUGUGUUGUGUGUUUUGAGUGUAGUGUGCUGUUAUGGCAUAUAAGCCUUAUGUUUUUUUUUGUUUUUUUUUUCUUGCCUUUUGAAUUCAGUUUUUGUUGCCAAUGACUUUUUAAGCCAAUUAACCGUUGCACUCACAAUGACACUUAAUGAAUCAGUUUCAUAAAUCUAUGUAAUAUAUUAGAUGAUUUCGAAUUAAAGAAAACAAUUGAUUUAUACACGGGUGUUCUGACGUCAAAGAUGAGCGGUAUAGCUAAUGGAGGGAAAGUCUUCAGAUGUCAGAAUAUCCAUCGAGCAGCUGUUAGAUGAGACGCCAAAACCUGAUGGUUUAGUAUCUGCUAAGAGUUGACUUUUUGUUGUUUUUAUUUUAUUUUAUUCCUCUCUGUGUUAAAACUGUGUCUUACUGUUCUUGCUUUAUGUCACAUCUUCCCGCUGUUGCUCACACCCCCUCACGCCAGUGAAGCAGCUGCUGUGCCUUUCUGCUUUCUCGUGGAUGCAGCAGUGCAUCUGUUUCCUACUUGCCUGAAUGUUUAAUACCAUUCAGUCCUCAGCAGCAGUGUACUGGCUCACUGAUAAAAAGGCCUAUUGUAAAUGUAGAUUUACUCCACUGUCUCUGUGCGACUCCCCAAAAUCCUCAACACAGUAGUAGGAUUUUAGAUCUGUGUGACUUUAUAAUUACUAGACACUAAAGAUAAGUUAAUUAGGGACCAGUCAAGCUUGCCCCCUCAGGCAAAUACACAAUCAUACAUCAAUACGGUCUGCAAAGACACCGCAGUUGUUCCCAAUGUGAAUGUACCUGCACUGAAUGUCUCUACGUGUGUUUGAAUUUAUACAAUACCAGUGGUGUAAGUGAUCAGCUUUUCUGUGCACUUGUCCGUUUGGUGCAGUUUUAGUGCUUUGACAUGCACAUCGUCUGCCUCGUUGUGAAUUGGUGGCAUACACGACUUUGUAGAACAAAUUAGUAGAGAUGAGAGUUACGUUUUAUAUCAAUAUAAUCGUGAUUUAUAUCGGUGUUCACUGUGAUGAUGUCGUUCCAGAUGUUCAGACGUACACUUGGUGGGGUUUUCCUUCCAAACUGAAAAAUCCACACAAUUUUAUUAUUUUUUUCACACAUUAAUGUUUUGGGAUAUUAGCUGUUUAAAAUUAGGUUUGUGUGUUUUUGUCUCUUGUCUAAAAUGGAUCAUCUCUCAUUUUAAAGUUAGAAAAUCAGCAAAUAAAACAUAAUUCUUUGUCAUAAAGGUUCCUCGAAUACGUCCAAAACUAGGUUGAAAGCUUUAAAGUUGGACUGAAAUAAUGCAGGGAAUCUGAUUCUCUUAUUUCAUUAACACUCAAGCUCAAAUACUGCCAUUUUAGAACCAGUUAAACAAACUGUGGUCCUGUUGGUCCCCGUGUUAUAGUGCAGCUGUGAUACAUGCACAUCUAACAUAGUUUGAAUUGAAAGGAAUAUUUACAAUGAAGCAGCAAGCGAAUACAUUAUUUCUCUGCUUUAACAUUAUUGUCAGUUAUCUCUAUUAAAAAGCCUCUGGGUGUAGAAAAAGAUGAAGUUGAACAAACAUCCAUAAUUUAUGCAAUUCAGGUAAACUGUAAGCUAGUAAAAAUGGCAGCAUUAUUAGAAUAGUGGUCAUCAAAUCUCAUGUCAGUUGUAAUUUUAACUGACAACUUAAUUAUAUAUUUCAGAACCUACAGUUUCAUGAGCAAAAUAUUUUAGUCUGACCUGUCUGUCAUGGUGUCUUUACUUUGUGUCUUCCUGACUUGGACAGUUAAGUGUCGGUCAUUAACUGGAUUUUUUUUUGUUUUUUUUUUACACCGUCUUCAGGAUGCUGCACAGAAAGUGGGCGAUACCUCUGUAUUGUUAUCUAUUUUUUGACUAUUUAGCAUACACGUAUGCAGCACAUACAGUAGGAUCCCAAUAAACCAUCAAAUAUCCUGCUGAGAGAUGUCUGUCUAAAUCCAUCAUUUAUCACAGUACGAUUUCUCUCUUAUUUCUAUGAGCUCACAUUUUUUGUUUCCCAAAUUAUUGAGCGUUUGAGUCAAAGCACACAGAGACAAAUCACUUGUUCCACUCACUUGAUCACUGUAAACUUGGCAAAUGCUGUGCAGCUGCCAAAAAGCCAAACUGUUUUCUUUUUUUUUUUAAAUAAUCAACCAUGAAAUUAAAAGAAUAGUAAUGUUAAUAAUAUUGACUGAGAGACAGCGGUGGUUCUUUGUGCUCACUAUCAUUUUCCUUACCAAGUAAUGAAAACUAUUUGGUAAUAUGAAAGUAAAAACAUCAUACUAAAUGUUACUGCUGUCUGUAAGUGCUUUAAAGUCUGGUAACUCCAUCAAUUUCCUUUAUUCUGCUUCUGCCUCGAGUGACUUUAAAACGUAUAACCUCCGGCUAGCUGUUCCUUGUUGUGCAGAACUAGUUAGUCCUCUGACAUUUACUGUUCUAGGUAAUUAGGUGCAAGAAAUGAAAAAACAGGCCCUUUCACAUCCAAGGGAUGGUUCUUUUUAAUUUAUAUUUUCCGGUGAGGCUCUAAUGUGGAAGAGUAUUUAAUCCUCAGGUUUAAGCAUUGUGUCAAAAUUGAUUGCUUUGGUGUUUUUGUAUUUCUCACAUUUUUAUCUGAUGUCAUUGUAAAUGGGCAAACUGUGCAAUUUUGGCACCAUUGUUGUUGCAAUAAAACCAAGAAAAUAA